AUGGAGUGUGGCAAAGUCUUUAACAAGAAGUCACAGCUUGUUAUACACCAAAGAACUCACACAGGAGAGAAGCCCUAUCACUGCAGUGAAUGUGGAAAAGCUUUCUCACAGAAGUCACUGCUCACGAUUCAUCAAAGGACUCAUUCAGGAGAAAAACCAUAUGGGUGUGGCGAAUGUCAAAAAGCUUUCAGUAGGAAGUCACUGCUCAUUUUACACCAGAGAACUCAUACUGGAGAGAAGCCCUAUGGGUGCAGCGAAUGUGGAAAAGCCUUCAGCAGGAAGUCACAGCUUAAAAGACAUCAGAGAAUGCAUACAGGAGAGAAACCCUAUAAAUGCAGUGAUUGUGGAAAGGCUUUCUUUUGGAAGUCACAGCUUAUCACUCAUCAGAGGACUCACACAGGGAAGAAACCUUAUGCAUGUAGCGAAUGUAAAAAAGCCUUCAGCAGGAACUCACUCCUCAUUAGGCAUCAGAGGAUUCAUACAGGAGAGAAACCUUAUGAGUGCAAUGAAUGUGGUGAAGCCUUCAUCAGAAAACCACAGCUUAUUAAGCAUCAGAUAACUCAUACAGGAGAGAAAAAUUAUCGAUGCAGUGAUUGUGAAGAAGCCUUCUUUAAGAAGUCAGAGUUAAUAAGACAUCAGAAAAUUCAUUUAGGAGAGAAACCCUACGGAUGUGUUGAAUGUGGAAAAACCUUCUUUGGGAAGUCUCAGCUCCUGACACAUCAGAGAACUCACACUGGGGAGAAGCCUUAUGAAUGCAGUGAGUGUGGCAAAGCCUUCACCCAGAAGUCAAGCCUGAUAUCACAUCAGAGAACACAUACCGGGGAGAAACCCUAUGAGUGCAGUGAAUGCAGGAAAACCUUCAGUGAGAAGUCGAGUCUCAUUCAUCAUCAGAGAACCCACACUGGAGAAAAGCCCUUUGAAUGUAGUGAGUGUAGGAAAGCUUUUGCUUGGAAGCCACAGCUCCUUCGGCAUCAGAGAAUCCAUACAGGGGAGAAACCCUAUGAAUGCAGUGAAUGUGGGAAAGCAUUUGUUCAGAAAGUACAGCUCAUUAAGCAUCAGAGAAACCACACAGGUGAGAAAACCUAUGGAUGCAGUGAUUGUGGAAAAGCUUUCUUUGAGAAGGCACAGCUCAUUAUCCAUCAGAGAAUUCAUACAGGAGAGAGGCCCUAUCAAUGUGGUGAGUGUGGGAAGUCUUUCACUAGAAAGUCACACCUUAUGAGGCAUCAGAGAAUUCACACAGGAGAUAAAUACUAUGGGUGCAGUGAAUGUGGGACCACCUUCAACAGGAAGUCACAACUCAUGAUACAUCAGAGAAAUCACAUAAUAUAG